AAUAGCCCCAACUUCUGUGUUACUACCCUAUGGUAACCACUUUAACGAUAAUCACUGAAUUCUGCCUAAGGGACUGAAGGACAGUGCCUAAAACAGGCCAAGAAUAUUCCAGCAUGGGCAUGAGUAGCUUGAAAAUGUUGAAAUAUGUCUUAUUUUUCUUCAACUUAUUCUUUUGGGUCUCUGGCUGUUGCAUUUUGGGAUUUGGGAUCUACUUCUUGGUUCACAAUACUUUUGGAGUACUCUUCCACAAACUCCCCUUCCUCACACUGGGCAAUGUGCUGGUUGUGGUGGGCUCUGUUAUCAUGGUAGUUGCCUUCCUGGGCUGCAUGGGUUCUAUUAAGGAGAAUAAGUGCCUGCUUAUGUCGUUCUUUAUUCUACUGCUGAUCAUCCUCCUUGCUGAGGUGACGUUGGCCAUCCUGCUCUUUGUGUAUGAACAAAAGUUGAACAGUUAUGUGGUUGAGGGCCUGACUGACAGCAUCCAACGUUAUCACACAGACAACAGCACCAAGGAGGCAUGGGACACCAUCCAAUCACUUUUGCAUUGUUGUGGUGUAAACGACACGAAAAAUUGGAUCAAUGGCCCACCACCAUCCUGCCCUUCAGAUCCACAAGUUCAGGGUUGCCAUAUGAAGGCACAAGAAUGGUUUUACUCCAAUUUCUUAUAUAUUGGAAUCAUUACCAUCUGUGUAUGUGUGAUACAGGUUCUUGGAAUGUCUUUUGCACUGACACUGAACUGCCAAAUUGAUAAAACCAGCCAGGCUCUAGGGCUGUGACCUGCAACUGUACUUGAAAGACUUGUUUCAUCUCUGGAAAACCAAACUACCUAUAACAUGAACCCUCAAAUUAUCACCUUCCUUGGAAUCCUUGGGUUGGAAUCCUUGUCCUCUUAUCUCUCUCCUUAUUGGGUCCUUGUUUUAUAUAACCUGAGAAGAGGGUAUUGGCCGGGUAUUUCUCAUCUCAAGCACUGAGCAAGGUAACCAUUUACCUCCUGAUGGCAGUAACAAUUUCCUUCAUGGUAAAACACAACUGGGUGAUUUUUAGGCAUGAAAGGUGAAGAGAAACCAUAGCACUAGUGGCUUGAGAUCAAAGGAUAGGUCCAGCUUUGAAUAUAGCUUACUGGUGAAGCACUUGCCUAUGAUAUGUGAGUCCCUGGGUUCAAUGCUUAGUACCACAAAAUUUAAAUCUUUUCUCCUUCCCAUUGCCAAAUCAUUUGCCAUCCCCUAAAAUGCUAAGUCUGCUCUACAAAGUCAUAUAAGAUACAAGCUGAAGGAGCCAGAUUCACUGAAUCAUUGUCACAAGUUUUGACCAUAGGACUUUGUGUUUCCUUCUGACCAUGGCAGCAUUACAUUUCAAUUUCUUUAUUAAAAAGUCUAACUGACUUAUUCUAUGCCUUUCCAGGAAGAAAAAAAAAACACUGAAUAAUUCAUGUCUCAACUGACUUGAGUCAAUUUCUUUGAAUUUUAUAGCCAUGGUACAAUUGAGAAGUACUAAUAUCUCUGGUGUAUUAUCUGAUAAUCACAUUCAGAAUGGCGAUGGGACUAUUUCUCUAUCAAAAAAGGUUUUAAUGUACAAUUUUAACUCUUCAGUAAAUAAAAGUCUAUGAUACCAA